GGAAGUGGGAUAAGGCAUUCCAACAUUCCAGUGGUUUCUACUUAUGUAGUGCACUUACAUUAUGCGUGUCAAAAAUAUUCUAUUGGUACUCGUAUUGGAAAUUUAUAUAAUAAAAUCCGAAUUGCAUGCAUUUUCAAUUCAAAAUGACAAUAAAGAAGCGCCGAAUCCUAACAAUAAUCGUGAAUCGGUAUACAAGCUUACUUCAUCAUCGCCGGAAUUUGAACAUAUACAUGAUCGAGAGAAAACUGUAAAAAAUACAGCCAACAGUAAAAAUGAAAAGGACCAAUAUGGUUACGCGAGCAUCCAAUACGCACCCUUAAUUCUGAAAGCUGAUGAAUAUAAAAUUAAAGAAGAAAUACAAGUGAAUCCGACUAUUCCUGGUUUUAUUCUCAGUAAUUUUGAAUUAAGUAAGAAUAACAUAGAACCACGGCUGGAUGAUAAUAAUUCUCAUGAGAACUCACGUGGAUCAAUUAUACACGGGCAUAAUAUUCAAAUACCCGAACCAAAAAUAAUUUUUCCAGAAUUAAAAGAAAUGAAUAGAGAGAACUCUGAUUUGACAAAUAAGGAAACCAUUAAUCGGGUAUAUUCUUAUCAAUUGAAUUAA